CUUUGAUUUACCACUCAAUACUUGCAAACUAUUCUUCACUUUUUCUCACUUCUAGGACCCCACAUAUUUUUUAUCCAAUGUGGGAAGCUUAAUUCUGACUCGAGCUGUGCUAAAUUACAACCAAUUUCGGCUCCAUAAAUUUCUUUGGAUUACUUUCGCAUUAAGCGUUUGCGUAAGGUUCGAAUGUACAUUUGUUCUCGCAUUGAUAUUCCGCUGAAAGCUACAUAAAGUUAAAUGCAUACAUAUGCAGAGACAUCACCCACAUUAUUGUAACUCACCCGUGGUCACACGUACAACCGCGGUCAGCGCACUAGCAUCGCGGAUCCAAGAGCUUCUUCUUCGUCCCGAACUGUGGAUAGGCACAUAUAUGUGAGUACGCACGUUUGGCUCCAGACUUUUGGGUGGCGCUGGCAAUCGACGCUAUGCCCCUGCGAGUGGCGGGGCUGGGGCCCCACUCCUCCAGGGAAACCGGGGAGCUCCGGGUGCUGUUGUUAGCACUGCUCGAUCGCCAGAGCUGCGCUGAUGCUCGCGGCGCUCUGCCUCCAGCACUUUUGUUCCCAAAGCCGCUUUCCCGAAAAUUCAGUUCGGAUUUCAGUUCGGAUUUGAGUACCACGCGAUGAAGACGACGGCUUCAAUUAAUCCAGAAUUAAGAGUGCCGUGAUACGGGGUGUUUUAUUUUUUGCAAAUAGCUAAUCGAAGAAAUGAAGGAAAGCUUUCUUGAAUAACCCUUGCUCUUUGAAGACUUUCUUAUCUCUGUGAUUGUGUAAACUAAUCUGAGCUGAGAUCCUUUAAGGAUUUAUUGCUUACAUUUUAAAUUGUGCAAUCCAUGUUGAAGUCACUGAAUGUUUUAGCAAUAUAUUUUUGUGAUCUUUAGGGAUCCUUCUGCAAAAAGGCUUAAAAAUGGCAAGGCUAUUUUUAAUAUUCAGUAUUUUAACGAUUCUUGCAUCUAUAUCCGAUACGAGUUUCGUGAAAGCGGAUCUAACAACAAAAGAGCGAAUAAAGAAACAUCAAGAAUGGUUGCGGGAGCACCGAAAACCUAAAACGAAGAAAAUUCAUUCGAACAACUCAUAUUUUGAGCUCGCCAAUUUGUGGCAUACGAGAAAAGAUUUAUCGCCCAAGCAAAAGCCGAGUAACAAAGAGGAAUAUUUAGAAAACGAGACCGCCAGUAAAAUAUCUAACAAAUCCGAUGAGAAAGUAUUAAAGCCAACGAGCAUACUAAUAAAUGUCACGAAUCAAAGUACAACGACUGCUAAACUUGCUCUGGAAACAACUACUUUGGCAAGUUUGGUUACCAGAGAUCCCAUCGAAAAUGGGGAAGUUGCAACGACAACCCAAACCUUUAAGAUCGACGAGGUUUUCUCCUCUCCCCAUCCACCGAAAGAAAUUACCACAAAAAAGAUGAAGAAGAAGGUGUAUCCAUAUCCACGAUGGGAUAAGUGGAGUAACUGGAGCUCAUGCUCGCGGAGUUGCGGCGGAGGCGUACGAUAUCAAACUCGAAAGUGCAUUAACCGAAAUCAAUUAACGAAUAAUCAGCUUACGAGUAAUGCCUGUGUUGGCUACUUCAAACGCUACGAGCUCUGCAACGAUGUGCCAUGCGACGCCCAAUCCCCGGAUUUUCGGGCUUCCCAAUGCAGUGCUUACAACGAUAAGGAGUUCCAUGGUCACCGAUAUAGGUGGGAGCCCUAUGUGAAGGAUGAUGCUGAAUGCGAGCUCAACUGCAUGCCUCUCGGAAUUAAUUCCUUUGCCACACUCAACGAAUCCGUAAUUGAUGGCACGCCUUGUCAACACCCCGCCGAAUACUAUCGAUCGCAACUUUGGAACCGGGCCGUUUGUGUGGAUGGUGCUUGUAAGGCGGUACACGCCAGCGGCGAGAUUGACGGACUGUAUGCCCACAGCGGGUCCGUCAGUUGCGGAGGACUGCUGUGUCGCCCUGUCACCGGGAUCUUUACCCGAGAUCCUCUUCCGGAACAGGCCUACAUACACGUCACAACAUUGCCAGCGGGGGCCUCCAAUAUUUCGAUCACGGAACUUAAGAACAGCGUAAACCUGCUAGUCCUGCGCACGUCCAAAGAGGUAUCUAUUUUCAAUGGCGAAAAUGCCGUGUCCGAAAGUGGAUCCUACGAGGCGGUUGGAACCGUCUUCGACUACCACCGAAUCGAUGGAACUCAGGAUGGCAAUGGGGUGACAGAGUGGAUCACCAGUGUGGGGCCCAUCAGGGACUCAUUGCAACUUAUGGUUUUUACCAAGAAGCCGAAUAAUACUGGCAUAAAGUACGAGUACAUGCUGCCGAUAAUAUCCGAAUCCGAGGAAAACGAGAUGUCCCUAGAGAGUACCGAUGGUCUGCUGCGAUCCGGAAUGGAGGACACUAGUUCCUCCAGUAGCUCGAGACCUGGGCGAAAGCGUAUCUUUAACUGGAAGGUAAUUGGGUUCAGUGCCUGCACGAAAUCCUGCGGAGGCGGCACUCAGGCGCCCAUUAUACGUUGCAUUCGCAAGAAUCCGCUGCGCUACUACUCGCAACGCCGUUGCAUGCACUCCGCGAAACCGGUCCUGAACGAGAACCUGCUGCACUGCAACACGCAACCCUGCCCGGCGUACUGGAGGGUCGACGAGUGGGGCGAGUGCCGUUGCCUGGCCAGCGGGGGCUUUCGCCGGCGGGAGGUCAGCUGCGUCCAGGAACUGGCCUCCGGCCUGGUCAUCCACGUCGACAAGGCCGCCUGCAUGGAGGACCAGCCGCCCACGCAGAAGCAGUGCGAGUGUCCCAAGACCCGGCGUCGCAACCUGUCCCGAUACCGCCUGCCAGGCACUUCGGAGUCCUCGAACAGCACUCAGGUCAAGAGGAGCAAGUCCGACGCGUCCGAGUUGAGUGCCAUCUGGUUGAUGUCCGAGUGGAAUCAGUAUUGCUCGGCCACCUGUGGCUCGGGCGUUGAGUAUCGCACGGUGUUUUGUGACCGCUCCAAGGCCGGCGAGCAGCGAUGUGAUCCCAGCACCACCCCCGAAAGUCGUCGACCCUGCACGAAGCCCAGCUGCGAGGUGGGCGACUGGUUCACCGGGCCGUGGUCCUCGUGCAACGGCGACUGCUUCGACCUGACCCGCAGCCGGGAGGUGCUGUGCAUCCAGAACCAGCUGAUCACAGAGCCCAAGGAGUGCACGCCCGAGCUGAGGCCGCAAGCGGUCGAGAAGUGCUCCCACGAGGAAGUGGAGUACUGCGCGCCCCGUUGGCACUAUUCGGAAUGGUCGGAGUGUACCAAGCCAUGUGGGGGUGGCACCCAACGUCGCAGUGUAAAAUGUUUGGAAUACGAUGUAAAGAUGAAUGCCCUGCGGGAGUCAACGCAAUGCCGGUACACCGCCAGAGAGCCCAUAUAUCGCAACUGCAACGCGGAAAAGUGUGAAGAAGAGCGGAAAGCCGAAGCGGUCCCGACUUGCACUGAUAAGUUCGCCAAUUGUCAGUGGGCUUCGCAGGCCAAGCUUUGUAGCUACGACUAUUACCGCGAGAACUGCUGUGUUUCCUGCACCGGUGGCAUUUAAAGAUUGUAGCUCGUAGGAAUCUUACCUAACUUAUAAGCCGACCAGCUAUAUCCCAAUAUGCCACCUUAAGCUUAAACAUGUAGUAUUUCUGACACUAAGCUCAAAAGAAAGCUUGCAGGGAAGCGCAAAUCAAGUUAUCGGUCAAGUAAAACGUUUAACGCAAUUAAAUAACACAUACUAAAAUAAGCUAGAUACAGACUAAAACAUCAUAACUAGUAAAAUUAUACUUAAUAUUAAAUUAAGCAUUAAGAAACGAAGAGCAAUGUUUAUUUAUGUGCAAUCGCAUGAUAACUAAUAAACCUGAGAUUA